AGCCCCUCUCUUGGCUCAUUGACAUGAACACCAUAUAAGGCGCAGCGAUCUCCAUAGAAACGUGUCAGUUUUAAUAGCAGUGUCAAAGUUCACUAUAAACCGACAUUUGAGCAGAUCUCCGUUUCGGAAACAUAGAUUCAUUGGUACUCCAGUUAAAGCGCAUUCUUUUUGGGUCUCUGCUUCUUAUUAUAUUUCAUAAGAUGUUUUUCUGUUGUGUUCUCACUGGAGAGGUGAAACUACAUAUUCACUCGGGCGACGCUGUAUUUAUUUUUUUAUUUUGCAGGACCAGAUGAGCUUUAUUCGUGGACAUUGAUAGAGAAAUUCGUUCUUCGGUGUUUACCCUUUUCCAGUUGCGAAGACGGAGAGAGUAGCAAGGAAGAUAAAGGAGGGAGGGGGGUUUAUUUUGCACAACACUUAGGAUCUUCGGUCCACCAAAAAGCUAUGAUUUUUGCUUCAGCACCAAUUUGGUUUUAUUGCGGCAUUUUUAAGAAAAGUGUUUUACGUGUGGGCUCGCUUCCCGAAUGGCUGGCUGCAAUUUACCUUGGAACUGGCCUCCAGACAAUUGCAUAUCCUGAUUCGGUGCCAUUCUGUCGACUCUUGUAUUUUAAACGUAUUGAUUGUUUUCUGCAACUUUUUCUUCUAUGAGAUUUAGUGGUUCGAUUUGAAUUCGCGCUGCCGUUCGCCCAAGACUUCCAUUUUCCCUUCUCCGAUAUCCGAGCGACCAGUUCGCUUGAAAGCACUUUUCGGGCCCGAGAUAUGGCAAUGGUAGUUAGCGUUUGGCGAGAUUCGCAGGAAGACGUGGCCGGAGGACCUCCGAGCGGCCCCAGUCCAGCAGCUCAGCCGGCGAGGGAGCAACAGCAGGCGGCUUCAGCAGCACCACACACACCGCAGACCCCUAGUCAACCAGGACCCCCGUCCACACCGGGAACGGCUGGUGAGAAGGGUAGUCAGAAUUCUGGACAGAGUCAGCAGCAUAUAGAAUGUGUUGUUUGCGGGGAUAAAUCGAGUGGCAAGCACUAUGGACAAUUCACCUGCGAAGGAUGCAAAAGUUUUUUCAAAAGGAGUGUCCGAAGGAAUUUAACAUAUACAUGUCGUGCCAACAGAAACUGUCCUAUUGACCAGCACCAUCGUAAUCAAUGCCAGUAUUGUCGGCUUAAAAAGUGUUUAAAAGUGGGCAUGCGACGGGAAGCGGUUCAGCGAGGAAGAAUGCCUCCAACUCAACCGAACCCGGGCCAGUAUGCGCUAACGAAUGGGGAUCCUCUGAACGGUCAUUGCUAUCUCUCCGGAUACAUCUCGUUACUACUUCGGGCCGAGCCUUAUCCUACGUCUCGCUAUGGCAGCCAGUGCAUGCAGCCGAAUAAUAUUAUGGGGAUCGAAAACAUAUGUGAGCUUGCAGCUCGCCUCCUCUUCAGUGCUGUAGAAUGGGCGAGGAACAUCCCUUUCUUUCCCGACUUGCAGAUAACCGACCAGGUUUCCCUGCUAAGACUGACAUGGAGCGAGCUAUUUGUGUUAAACGCGGCACAAUGUUCAAUGCCCCUACAUGUGGCCCCAUUGCUCGCCGCUGCCGGCCUGCAUGCUUCGCAUAUGUCGGCAGACCGCGUCGUGGCCUUCAUGGAUCACAUUCGUAUCUUCCAAGAACAGGUCGAGAAGCUAAAAGCUCUGCACGUCGAUUCUGCAGAAUACAGCUGCAUUAAGGCAAUAGUCCUCUUCACAUCAGAUGCUUGUGGGCUGUCAGAUGCUGCACACAUUGAGAGCCUACAGGAGAAGUCUCAGUGCGCCCUGGAGGAGUACGUUAGGAGCCAGUACCCGAACCAGCCCAGUCGCUUUGGCAAGCUUUUACUGCGGCUGCCUGCUCUUCGCACUGUAUCUUCUUCUGUAAUUGAACAGCUGUUCUUCGUUCGCUUGGUAGGUAAAACUCCCAUUGAAACCCUCAUCAGGGAUAUGUUAUUAUCCGGGAGCAGCUUCAACUGGCCCUACAUGUCCAUUCAAUGAACCGAAUAAGCAAAUGAAACAAAAAGACUAAAGGACCAAAAUUCUGCAACCUCCUUCAAGAAGACUAUAUAUAGGACCUUAUUUCUGACCACUCAGGAAGACACUUUUUUGUCUUCUGGGACCGAAAUGGAAUAUGUAAUGUACAGAGAUAAAAGAACUGGACUUACUCCUGUGUAAACACUCUCCACUUUAUUAUAAAUACAAAAGAAACAUAUGCGCAUUAUAUGAAGAAGACGUAGCGGGAAAGAAAUUUUCAAGCAAUUAUAAGAAAUGUCAAGUUGUCUGUGUAUCUCUGCUUUGUAUUUUUCUGGUUCUAAACCAUUUUUUAUUUUACACUAGUGAUUUUUGUAUAUAACCGUUUGCUUAUUUUAAUGAGUGCGAUAUUUUUGAAGCUAGAAUAAAAAAAGAAACCCAGACAAGUCGUCACAGUCUAAUAGCAAUGGCAAUAUCAUUGAUGGUUGAGCCUUCGCCCACUUGAUAUUAUGGACAUGAAACAUAUGGACAGUUUAAAGAAAUGCCAAAUGGUGAAACAUUUUCUUACUCGUGUGUAUGCACGAGCUUAUGUGUUAAGUAAUUCUGAAAAACAUGUAAAAUUAAAAGCACUUUUAAUAUAUCACUUCAAAUACAUUUGGUUUGUUUCGCAUUCUUCAUUUUAUUGGAUGUUUACUUUAAUUGUUGCUAAAUCCAUAAUAUGCCUCCUCAAACGGGUCGCGUUAAGUUGUUGACAGUGACUCUGCUAUUAAAAAGGAAAUAUGCAACUGUUCUGCUCUCAGGAAAUGUAAUGUUGUUUAUGCUGUAAGAUUUCGUGUCUUUGGGAUGUGGUGUACAUGGAUUUAGUGGUGCAAAUGCAAAGAUUUUGUUUAUAUUUGGUAAAGAGUGCCAACAAAAUACAUAGGUUUGUAGAAUUAAAACGUUAUUCUGUGUUGACCCCAGCAGCCUUGUUUAAAUGAAAUUAUAACUUAAGGGGAAAUUUUUGAAAUACUGUAAAACGCCUUUAUUAAUACAAUACCAUCUGAGCGGCAUGAGAAUUAAAACUAUGUGCUGCAUUCUACUUAGACAGGAAUAAUUAUGGUGCAGCCAAAAAUUAUUUGCCAGGACUAAGGGAAAUUCUUGCUGCUUAUACUUGCGCGAUUGCCCUUCAUAUGCAAGAAAAUAAAUUUCAGCCGUUAUAUGUUAAAUAAAACGCUUUGCUCGUGUCCUAAUUAUCCGCGAUUCAUAUAUAAAAAUGAAUAUAUAUACAUAUAGCAUAUGUAUGAUAUUUAUUUACGUUCGUGAAGGGAAAUAAUGCGUAUUGUAGCAUUAAUUACAUUACACAUUUUUUGUUGAAUUAAUUUAGGGGUUUUAAGCUUUUUGGUGAUUAACGUUUAUAUGCAUAUGUUGUUGUUUUUGUUUGCUUUGCCUUACUGUCAUUUUUCCGAGUGUGACAAGAAUUUCAAUCAGGAAAAGUUUAGCAAGCAAAUAUCCUAAACUUCUGUGCUGGUUAAAGAAGGGUGAAAUUAGAUUUUUUUUUAAAGAAAAUGUCAUUUAUAUAAAGCAAUAGUUGCUAAGGACCAAAUAAAUUGGUGGUAUGUGUAACUAAUUAACAAAAGAAAUUUAGGCUAUCAAUAAAAAAAAUGAACAAUAUGCAGCAAGAAAAAAGCUCUUGUGGUCCAGGUCUGAAGUACGUAAUCAUGUGAUCUUAUAUACUGUAGGCUUAUUCAUGCACGACUGAAUGUAGCCUAAAUUUAAUUGUUUUCUAAUAAAUACAUUUUAAAUAUA